UGUGGCUGCAGCUCGUCAUGAAUACCUGCAGCGGCGACACGACGCCAACCAGUACAAGCUGCGAGCGGAGAAACAGCUGGGGCUGCGUCCGUGUACAGCGGAGCGCCACAGGAAGCCCGGGGGUCCGCAACAGGAAGUGAAACACCUGGGACUCCAACAUGCCCCUGAGGACAGGAAGCAGGAGUACCUGCGUCAGCUGGAUGUCAUCAGGCAGCAGUAUCACCAGGAGAUGAGACAGAUGAAGCUGAGAGCUGAAGUUCAGCCUCAGCCACUCCUCAAACAAGGAACCUUUGUGCUGGAGAAACCCAGAGGGCCAGCUGCACCUGCUCAGAAAGGAAUCAUGUUUGAAAUACGGUUGGAUGAUGAAGAAGAGGAAGCAGAGGAGGAAGAGGGGGAUGGAAGAGAAAAGCAGCAGCAGGAGGAGGAAGUGGACCCUCUGAACCGGACUCUGAGCUUCCAGGAGGGGGAGGAGCUGAAGCUCAGGGAUUGGUCAGAGGGGAGGAGGGGGUGGAGCCAGAGGACUCCUCAGACUCUACUGGACGCCCUCGCCAACAUGGAGGUGAACUCCAACCACAGCACGGCUGUCAUCGAGGAACCAGGUGAAGAGGCAGCAGGUCGCAGACAUUGGGUCGCUGUCCCCCCCUCCACCCUGCUGAUCGCCCUCUCUCAGGCACAACUCUCAUCAUCCACUAUCAACUCUACUCUACCUGAAACUGCAGAUUCAGAGGAAGAGGAGGAGGAGGAAGACUCUGAUGUGGAAAUGGAUGAAGAUGCUCUGGAGCUGCGGUCAGACGAUGACGACACGAACUUCGAGGAGUCUGAGGACGAGCUGAGGGAGGCGGUGGCCGACUCCAUGAACAAUUUGUUUGUGAUGGAGGACGAGGAGAAGCUGGAGGUGCAUGAUGGGAUGGAGGAGGAAGAAGAGGACUCUCAACAGAUCCAGCAGGCGGUCGGGGAUUCACCUGCAGACGCUGUUUCCUCUGAGCCUGAAGGAGGUGGCGGUCGGUCGGACGAAAACACGACUUCAAAUCAGCCGCAGACGAUCUGAGCUCUCACUAACACUCAGUACUAAUCAUUUCACUUCAAUUCAGAUGAAGCUGCCUCAAAUAAAUCACUGAUUCUCAGCUUGAGUUAGGAGCAGGGAGUGUAAUGCUGUACCUACGUGAAGAUUGAGGUACUUGUACUUCACUUGUAUAUUUUCUUUUUAUGCCAUUUGGUGUUUCUACUCCACUACAAUUCAAAGGGACAUAUUAUACUUUUUCCUUUACUACCUUCAGCGUUAGUUACUUAGACUUCUGCAUAAAGAAACAACUAAAUAAAUGUCUGAUGUAUUUCAAUACGAUAGAAAUAUGAACAUUUGACUCGUUUUCGGUUAUUAUGAUUAAUUUAGUUUCGUAUUUUUGCAUUUAUUUUGGAUUUUCCUGCAUUGGUUACUUUUACUUUUAAUACUUAAUUUAGCUGAUUACAACUACUUUGACUUUAGUAACAUUUAGUUCAAUGCAGGACUUGUUACAGAGUAUUUCUACACUGUGGUACUUCAGUCAGGAGAGACUGGUUUUGAUGUAACUAUAUAUAUUUAGUGACAGAAAUAAACAGAGGAAUGUAAUGAUGUUAUUAAGAUUAAUAAUACAAAACUAUUUUAAUUAAAACUUCAUACAUUAAAUAAUAUCUUUGCUGUUGGAGACUUUCAAUUAAGAAACUGUUAUUUAUAUAUUGUAUUAAGCGAUUUCAUGACGACCGGACAGGUGAAGACAAGUACAGCCCUCAGCUUCGACAAAGGUAGAAAAGUCACAUUUGAAAUGCCUGAAUUAUCUGUGUCAUAGUUACAUCCUGUCCUUUCCACCGUCUGAUUGGUUGUCACGUCAUUAUUGUCUGCACCUGGUGAUGUCAGUUUAAAUAGGCCGAGCCAUUCACUGUCUCGUUGCCAGAUUGUCUUGAGUGUUAUGCCGAGCUCUCCUGCGUUUUCACAUCAUCAUCCAGUUACAGUAAUAGUCAGAGUCCACGUUUAUAGAAAUAGAAAGAUCAGGUAGUAGGUAUUAAGUAUUUUACUAGUUUUGGAUAGGUAAGCGUUAGUGUAGAUAUUUAUUGUCUGUAGUGUUUUUGGAAUCACCGCACAUCUGUAUCAACAAAUCAAGUAAAGACUCUUUUUGUACUUGAAUCCUGUGUCUGCAUCCGUGCUUUUGCACUUUGUACGUCCGUGACAGAAUUUUCAGAAUAAAGUCAGAAACUGUU